UAAUCGUUAAUAGUCAACACCGUCGUCCGCGUCACGAUGUCACCUCGGCUGUCGCUCAAUACAUUUUUGGUCGUGUUUAGCACGUCAAAGUUGUCGGCGUCGUUGUUACUGCUGUCACUGACACUUCAGCCACACCUGAUAGCCACGGCGGCGACGCGUUACAACGCCGGCGGGCUGGCGGCCGCGCUGCACAACGAGGGCGAGAAGUGCGCGCAGUCCGCAGACCUGUGGCCGUGCCUCACCAGGACCGGUGCAAAAGUCGUUGCUGCCGUGGCCGCAUAUCCGGGCGAGAUACCACUGAUGGGCCAGUAUUUGGCCGUAGUGCCGAACGGCCGGGCCCGGAACUUUGGCGACCAUCGCGGAGAUGGGCGACUGACGGCGUACAAAAACGGCACUUUGUCGUCGUGGCCGUCCACGUCGGUAUAUUCAAAAAUCGCGGAAUUCGCGGAGAAGAGAUCGUUGAGGCUGUCUGUGCCCAUGGACGCCGUCGCGUGGCUGAUCGGCGUCACGACGUCAACGCUCGUCACCGGCGAUGAAGGCCGGGGCAAGAAGGACAAGGGCGCGGGUGUGCUGAUGCUCGGCGGCAUGAUGAUGAUCACCACGCUCAUGUCCACCGCGUUCGGGGCACUGGCGCUGAUGGCUGCCAAGGGACUGUUGACCAGUAUUCUCGCUCUGAUGCUUUCGGCGAUGGCGGUAUCGAAAAAGUCUGGCGGUCACGGCCACGCCAGAACCACGUACGAAGUCAUUAACAACCCGGGACCUCACCAAGCGUACCAACAGGCAUCAGAUUACAAAUUGGAAAACAGCGGGGCUGUUAUAUCAGACAUCAAUGCAGGUCAAUACAAUGCAGCUCAAACCGAACCUAUUCAAUAUGGUAACCAACAAUAUGAUUAAAAUUAACAAUAAUUGAAUUGUUCAAAACUCUAGUACUAUAAUAUUAAUCGAUGGGUUAAACAAAAACGCAUUAUAAAUUUAAAUUAUUUAAUAUGUAUUAAUGCAUUUAAUAUAUAUAUUUUUUUAAAUUAUAUUCAUUGUAAUUAAAUAAACUUCUAGAAUGUAAUAUUAUUUAUUAUAUAAAUAUUGUUGAUUGUGUAAUAAUUUA